AUGUCACGGGAACACCGCUACUUUCGCGAUCCCGAUAAGCACCGAUCAGAAUCCGUCGAAUCCAUGCUAAGAGUCUUACUUCCGAAUCGAGGAGGGAUGAAUGCCUUCGGAGGGCGAUCGCGGUCCUCAGCAGGAUGGUUCUUCGCCGGCCUCGACUCGUCAUUCCCCGAUCUUGGGAUCGAUGAAGGCAACCUAUCAGAUCUCCGUUUUUGUGGUACGGAUCUGAAAUCUGGUUGCAAGGUGUUCCAAGUGCGGAAGUCAGAUCAUUCGCGCAGUACAGAGGUACUCUUGGCCCCUGAUGUUCUCAACUACGCUGAGCUUGAGGGUGAUCUGAAAGAUCAAGUACUUGUUUUCAAGUUCAAGGGCAAAUUUCACGCCGUCGACCAUAAAUGCCCACAUUCUUCGUAUCCGCUUUCACAUGGGACACCGUUCGACAUUGAAGAUUUCGGGAUCGUCUUGAGCGCAGGUUUGACAUGUCCCAAGCAUGGCUGGUCGUUUGAUCUGCAUUCUGGAAUGGCAGACCGCGCGCGAUAUAAGCUGGGUAUCUGGGAGGUUCAGUUGCGUGACACCGCAUCAAUAGGUGCAAUACCGAUAGGAGAGGAUGUUCCAGGGCGAGGCGCCAACCUUCUAGCAGACCUUCGCUCGGUCUAUGAUUUCCCUGAAUACAUUGAUACAAACCCUGUUGCGUGGUUGAAAUCGAGCUUGACCAGCGAUCAUCAGUCCUAUUUCUCCGUGGGUGACGAUGUCAUCGAGCGUCACAGAAACCAAGCCAUCAUCACUGGCGGCGGAGGUUCUAUGGGCCUAGAAGUUGCUCGCUCUGUACUGGAGAGUGGCGGCGAUGUUAUAUGCAUUGACCGACAAGAUAACCCUCUAGAAGAGCCUUGGAAUCGUGUGCUGAACGUAUCCAAGAGCCAUGGAACACAAGCAUGGUACUAUAGGUGCGAUAUCACGGACGCAGAAAACGUUAAGUUCGUCUUCGAGGAGGCCAUGAAGAAGUCACGGUUCCCCUUUAGAGGCUUGGUCACCUGUGCUGGUAUUUCAGGUGACGCGCCAUCUAUCGACUUUCCGAUCAGCACGGCUAGAAGUAUCAUUGAUAUCAACGUCAUCGGCAGGCUCAUCUGCGUACAAGCCGCAGCCCAGGAAAUUUAG